AUGCCGCAUAUGCGCCCUGGUUAUGUAACAUUCCACGCAUUUUGCCGUGCACUGCAUCGGAUUGGAAAAAUGUUCAAGUCAAAGAAAAAGACGCUCAACAUCUCCAGCGAUACCCCUACAUACACAGUUAUGUACCUGGGUAACUCAACCACAAUUCAAUCGAAGGGUGACGGUUGUACCGACGAUGCUGUUAAGAAAAUAUUGAAGAAGACUGACUUGGGGAAGGCUGGCACAAAAAUGAACUUGACGAUUAGCUCCCAAGGUAUCCGCAUGGUGCCAAAAGAUGAGACGGCGAAAAAACCCGGACACUUGUAUUUGCUGCACAGGAUAACUUACUGCGUUGCGGACACAAAAUACCCAAAGUUAUUUGCGUGGGUAUACAGGCAUGAGAUCAAGCAUAAAGCUGUCAUGCUUCGAUGCCAUGCGGUGUUGGUGUCGAAAGCUGAAAAGGCCAAAGUGAUGGCGCUUCUCCUGUACCAAACAUCAUCAACUGCGCUGGCGGAAUUUCAGAGACUCAAACGGAGAGAAGAUGCCAGGCAUCAGCAACAGCGUCUUAUUGGCGAGCAAACGAUCCCUCUGGUCCCCAUGAGAAAACUGAUGAACGGCCAGUGCUGCUAUAAACCUCCAGUGGAGCGCAGCAGGAGCGCGCCCAAAUUAGGUGCCAUCACUGAGGAUUCGAUCGGAGAAGAGGAAGAGGAGAAAACUUCCCUUUUUGACUGCGAUGAGUUUCUUGACGGAGAUUGUUUCGAUGGCAGCAAAGAAGAGCUGCAUGGGAUUCUUUAUGAUCUGAACGAACUGUGCAUUGGGAACGAUCCGCAUGCAUUGAAAGCUGAUGUUCAUGUUACGCGGUUACUCUCAGGUGAAAGCACCGGCAGCGAAUCCUCCAUUGACAGCACUCACUUCUGCUCUAGUCCUGAUGACUCAGAUGAGUCGUCAGAUGACAAAAGUGCGGAAUCUGUGUAAACAAGAGCAAGACAACUUGCAUACUCCACUUCAAACUCAGGUGGACGCAGGAGAAGAGCAGUACUUUGGGCAGUAGGCCUCUUGUUCUCUGAAGAUGUAGACCUAGGCAGAGGCGAUUCUAGGGUCAGGUGGGGCCCCAAGCGAAAAUGCAAAAGAAUGAACAUUUGAACUAAAAUCACCACAGCUGUAGUACAAUAUGGGCUGUUAUUCACUAUCUAGGGGCCCCAAGCGACUGCCUGCCUUGCCUGGUGGCAAGAUGCGCCUCUGGACCUAGGCCUACGCCUUAGAAUGGACCUCACCUCACAGAUCUGUUUGAAAUUUCACAGUAGGCCUAUGUGGAUAUAAAUGAAAUGUGGAAUAUGGACGUGCCUGUAAUAUGACACAAUAUCUAAAUAGAUUAGAUGAGUUUGUAGAGGUUUUGUAUUUUCUGCAUGCCAUGUAUGUCACUUUAAAUGGUUUGUUGUUGUUGUUGUUGUUUUAGUGUAUAGUGUUUGAUCAGUAGUUUUCCAAAGAUAUCUUUGCUGUGCAAAAGGUGGGAUGAUUCCCUAGUACUGAUACUGGUUAUUAAUAAGAUGUAUUUGUACUGUUUUAUCCCUUAGUGCCUAUUGUAUAUGUUAUA